CAGCAGGUGAGCAGGCUCCUUCACGCACCUUUCCUACCACACGACGACAUGGCGUCCGCAGGCCUCCAGAUGUUCGGCAUCUUCCUGGCGACCGUGGGCUUCCUGGGCGACAUCAUCGUGUGCGCGCUGCCCAUGUGGAAGGUGACGGCGUUCAUCGGCAGCAACAUCGUGACGGCGCAGGUGUUCUGGGAGGGCCUGUGGAUGAACUGCGUGAAGCAGAGCACGGGCCAGAUGCAGUGCAAGGUCUACGACUCCAUGCUGGCGCUGCCCCAGGACCUGCAGGCGGCCCGCGCCAUGGUGGUCAUCUCCAUCCUGCUGGCCCUCAUGGGCCUCCUGCUGGCCGCCGCCGGGGGCAAGUGCACCAACUGCAUCGAGGACGAGCUGGCCAAGAGCCGCGUGGCCAUCGCGGCGGGGGUCUUCGUUAUGGCGGGCGGCAUCCUGUGCCUCAUCCCGGUGUCCUGGUCCGGCCACGUGGUCAUCCGCGACUUCUACAACCCCGUCAUCACCAACGCGCAGAGGCGGGAGCUCGGCAGCGUCAUCAUGGUGUCUGCGGGGAAACAGAUGUUCGGGUUGGCGCUGGCCGCCGUCGGCUUCCUGGGGAGCAUCAUCAUCUGCGCCCUCCCCAUGUGGAAGGUGACGGCGUUCAUCGGCGCCAACAUCGUGACCGCUCAGGUGAUCUGGGAGGGCCUGUGGAUGAACUGCGUGACCCAGAGCACGGGGCAGAUGCAGUGCAAGGUCUACGACUCCAUGCUGGCGCUGCAGCGGGACCUGCAGGCUUCCCGCGCCCUGGUCGUCAUCGCCAUCAUCGCCGGGGCCUUCGGCAUCCUGCUGGGCGUGGUCGGCGGGAAGUGCACCAGCUUUGUGGAGGACGAGCGGCAGAAGUGCAAAGUGGCCAUCGCGGCCGGGGUCGUCUUCCUCACGGCGGGGGUGCUGGUGCUGGUUCCCGUCUGCUGGACCGCCAACACCAUCAUACGCGACUUCUACAACCCCGUCAUGACCAACGCUCAGAGGAGGGAGCUGGGGGCCGCGCUCUACAUCGGCUGGGGCUCGGCGGGACUCCUCUUGCUGGGCGGGGGGCUCCUCUGCAGCUCCUGCCCCCGCAGGGAGGAGACCGACUAUGACGUGAAGUAUUCCAAGGCCCGCUCCGUGGACAGCAGCCGGGCCUACGUCUAGGACUUGUCACUGAACACGUGGAGGCCAGAGUACAUGACCUGGAUCCAUCACGCGGGUGCAUCACUUUGGGUCAUUUGUUGCUUCAAGUAUGAUGCUAAUGCUAAUGCUAGUGCAUUCCUCCAAGACGAGUCAUGUCAACAAAGUUGCCGAGCAGCUAAUCUGGUUUUUCCAGGGUUAAUGCUCAAAUGAUCUCAAACAAGCAACAAAGCAUCCAGAUUUCAUUUGUUGUUGUUUUUUUAAUCAGUAUUCUUAUUUUUAUGUUUUUGUCCUCAACACUGUGACUGAGAGGUUAUU